AGGAGAGGGCGGGAGGAGGGAGCGCGGACGCAGGGGGCGGGGAGGGGCUGCGCUCCGCCGCGCUCUCUUUCGGUUUGGUCGGCGGCCGGAGGAGAGCGUGGACACCCCCCAACACACACUUGGAGCUUUUUCCUCCUCGCGUCCCCGCCGCCCCCCGGUCCCAGGCGCGGGGCUCGGGGAUGCCCGCCAGCAUGUUCAGCAUCGACAACAUCCUGGCCGCCCGGCCGCGCUGCAAGGACUCGGUGCUGCCGGUGGCGCCCAGCGCCGCCGCUCCGGUCGUCUUCCCGGCUCUGCACGGGGACUCGCUUUAUGGCGCGGCCGGCGGCGCCUCCUCGGACUACGGCGCUUUCUACCCGCGCCCAGUGGCCCCCGGCGGCGCCGGCCUCUCUGCCGCGGUAGGUGGCUCCCGGCUCGGCUACAACAACUACUUCUACGGGCAGCUGCACGUGCAGGCGGCGCCCGUGGGCCCGGCCUGCUGCGGGGCAGUGCAGCCUCUGGGCGCGCAGCAGUGCUCCUGCGUCCCGACGCCCCCAGGCUACGAGGGCCCCGGCUCGGUGCUGGUGUCCCCGGUGCCGCACCAGAUGCUGCCCUACAUGAACGUGGGCACGCUGUCGCGCACCGAGCUGCAGCUCCUCAAUCAGCUGCACUGCCGGCGGAAGCGCCGGCACCGCACCAUCUUCACCGACGAACAGCUCGAAGCCCUGGAGAACCUCUUCCAGGAGACGAAGUACCCAGACGUGGGCACGAGGGAGCAGCUGGCCCGGAAGGUGCAUCUCCGCGAGGAGAAGGUGGAGGUCUGGUUUAAGAACCGGCGUGCCAAAUGGAGAAGGCAAAAGCGGUCCUCUUCCGAGGAGUCGGAAAAUGCGGAGAAGUGGAACAAGGCAUCUUCAAAAGCCUCGCCGGAGAAGAGGGAAGAGGAAGGUAAAAGCGAUUUGGACUCGGACAGCUGACGGCUGCGUGCCUGCCGGGGCGCUUGCCUGACUCAAGGACUUGCACAGACAGACGAUGCAACUUGCACACGCGCUGCCUUGCGGGAGGGGGAUCGAGAAAGCCAGGAGGAGCUAGUUGUAAAUAGUGUACAGGCCCGGGAUACGUAGGGGACAGGGGCGCGGGGACCUCAGCCCCGCGGUCCGAGGCUGCCUGCGUGUGCCUCGUUCCCCACCGUAGUAUUUAUAGUUAAGUUAACGGUGACAGUUCAAUAAAGUGAUGGCGAUGUAGCCGGGCCA